AGCUGAACCUCGGCUCAGCGAGCGUUUCCCCAGCUUGCCUGGUCUCCGAGCUCGCCAGGGAAGUGAAAAAAAAAAGGCAAAUUCCAGGGCCUCCCGCUAGACCCUUUGGACGAGGACCCAGGGCCCUAGAAGAUCUCAGUCCCAGGCCCCUCCCGAGGGGAUGCUGUGGUCGGAGGUGGUGGGAUCAGCGAAGGGCAGCAAACCCGGUUCGGUCAGUGUUGGGGAAGGUCUCCUUAUCACCUGGGUAGCUGGGGGCCACUUGCCUCUGCUCCCUUCAUCCCGUCACCUUUGUAUCAGAAGGCGGGGGUUUUGGUGUCAGCGUAUGUGGUUCAAACUGCCCCUCCUCCUCAAUCAAAAUGUUGUAGGGAGAAGACAAAAUCAAUUUUGAAAAAGCAUCUUAGCUGAUUACGUUUAAUACAGUGUCUCCCCCGCCCCCGAGCUCAGUCUCGUCACUCCCUCCCUUUUAUAAUCGAGGAACAGACCUCAAGGGGUUACAUAAUCUGCCCUGUCACGACUUGUCAGGGACAGAUCCCGUACAACGCUCUAUUUUUGUGCUUUAGCAUCCGUUAAUAAUGAUAAUUAUUGUAGGAAAAAGGUAAGUUUCUAAGCAGUGAUUCUGUGUAGUGAGGGAGAACGUACUAGUAGCGUUCUGAAGCCAUCCACUCCAGAACCUUCACAGAGCAGUGUUGCCAGGUCAGCCAGGCUUUUAGUGCCACCUGGUGGCCAACUUUGGGCGGGACAGAUUCCUACUAAGAACUCCACCUUUAUAUGAUUUAUGGACUCAAGUUUACUUGAAAAGAAAAAAAAAAAAAGUUAAGUAGACUAUGUCUUUGAAAAUAUGCUCAGCAAAGACACUUACGAGCAGGGAGCUAGAACCAGAAAUUAAAUAUUUGGAAAUGAAGUAAAAGCCUAAUAUGCGAGCAGUACAGUUACUUGGGCACUAUUGAAACGUGACUUUGGUUGGUUUAUUUCCUCACCAAGACAUUGUAGACAGGAAGAGGGAAUUGUCUGUUGUAUGUAAUGCUCCUUGAGGCUGCCCUGGUAUUUCUUUUUUUUUAAAAAAAAAUUUAUUUGUUUAUUUGGUUGCACUGGGCGAGUUGCAGCAGGCGAGCUCCUUAGUUGUGGCAUGCAAACUCUUAGUUGCAGCAUGCAUGUGGGAUCUGACCAGGGAUCGAACCCCGGACGCCCUGCAUUGGGAGCACAGAGUCUUAACCACUGCGCCACGAGGGAAGUCCCUGCCCUGGUAUUUACUUAGGGGAAAAAAGGCGCUUAGAGCUGAAGAUGGACCAGGCUUUGCUGCUCAUCCAUAAUGAACUGCCUGGGACAAACUUGACCGUCUACUGGAAUUUCGAUCGCUGUUAUCAUUGCCUGCUCCAGGUCCUGGUCGACGUCUCCCAGAGCAGGAAACCCGGGGAGCCCAGCAUUGAGGCCGUGGCUGUGAGCACCCAGCACGGAUCCAUCCUGCAGCUUAAUGACACCGCGGAGGAGAAGCAAGUUUGUAGGCUGGAAUACAAAUUUGGAGAAUUUGGAAACUAUUCUCUCUUGGUAAAGCACACCCAUGAUGGAGUCAAUGAAAUUGCGUGUGACCUGGUCGUUAAUGAGAAGCCAGUUGACAGUAACCUUCCUGUGAGCAUCGCGUUCCUCGUCGGCCUGGUGCUCAUCAUUGUGGUGUCCCUUCUAAGGUUCUCGCUGAGCUUGGAAGACUUUCAUGAUUGGAUUUCUAAAGCCAUAAACUCUCAGGAAACUGAUGGCCUCAUCAAUUCUGAGCUGGGGUCUCCGAGCAGGGCGGGCGACCCCCCACCAGAGGCCUGGCGUCAGUCGGCGACCCCCCUGCGCCUCCGCUGCGUGGACACGUUCCGCGGGAUCGCUCUCAUCCUCAUGGUCUUCGUGAACUACGGAGGUGGGAGAUACUGGUACUUCAAGCAUGCAAGUUGGAACGGACUGACGGUGGCUGACCUUGUGUUCCCGUGGUUUGUGUUUAUUAUGGGAUCUUCGAUCUUUCUGUCAAUGACUUCCGUUCUGCAGCGGGGAUGUUCCAAAUUCAGAUUGCUGGGGAAAAUUGCAUGGAGGAGUUUCCUGUUAAUCUGUAUAGGAAUUGUCAUCGUGAACCCCAAUUAUUGCCUUGGUCCACUGUCCUGGGAGAAGGUGCGCAUCCCCGGCGUGCUCCAGCGGCUCGGGGGCACCUACUUUGUGGUCGCCGUGUUGGAGCUGCUCUUUGCCAAGCCCGUGCCUGAGAUCUGCACCUCGGAGAGAAGCUGCUUUUCUCUGCUGGAUAUCACAUCCAGCUGGCCCCAGUGGCUCUUCGUCCUGAUGCUGGAAGGUGUUUGGCUGGCCUUGACCUUCUUCUUACCUGUUCCCGGAUGCCCUACCGGCUAUCUGGGCCCCGGGGGCCUCGGAGACUGGGGCAAGUACCCGAAUUGCACGGGAGGCGCUGCCGGCUACAUUGACCGCCUGCUCCUGGGAGGCCAUCACCUCUACCAGCAUCCUUCCUCGGCUGUGCUGUAUCACACCGAGGUGGCCUACGACCCAGAAGGCAUCCUGGGGACCAUCAACUCCAUCGUGAUGGCGUUUUUAGGAGUUCAGGCAGGGAAAAUACUCCUGUAUUACAAGGAUCAGACCAAAGGCAUCCUGAUCAGAUUCGCUGCCUGGGGUUGUUUUCUUGGGUUUAUUUCUGUUGCUUUGACAAAGGCUUCCGAAAAUGAAGGCUUUAUUCCAGUCAACAAGAACCUCUGGUCCAUCUCCUAUGUCACCACGCUGAGCUCUUUCGCCUUCUUCAUCCUGCUGGUCCUGUACCCCGUUGUGGACGUGAAGGGGCUGUGGACGGGAACCCCGUUCUUCUACCCGGGCAUGAACUCGAUCUUGGUGUACGUGGGCCACGAAGUCUUCGCCAACUACUUCCCCUUCCGGUGGAGGCUGGGAGACAGCGAGGCGCACAAGGAGCAUCUCGUUCAGAACACAGUCGCCACUGCUCUCUGGGUGCUCAUCGCCUACGUUCUCUAUAAGAAGAAGGUGUUUUGGAAAAUCUGAGGCCGCAGCUGAGAUGCGUUGCUGGCGGACGACAGGGCCUGGGGCCUCAUUAAAAGGAGCCAUUCGUUAUAAAA